CCAACCCCCGCCCUUUUUUGAAAUUUUUUUGGUGCACUUUGCACCGUUCUUUUGGAGGUUUGCUCAGUAGCACUUGUUGAUGUGGUUUAGCCAAAAUCUUGGCUAAACAACCCACCAACGCCAACCGACCAUAUCUUGUGGGCGUACGCCCCUGGAUUCGUAAUGCCAUCAAAGGGACAUUGGAACUGGACAGCCGAGAACAAACGAGUGUUUCCGAGUCCAAGAAGAUGAUUCUGGCUCAUCUUCCAUCUGUCUAGCUGCAAAAUGGUUCCUUUGCUUUGAAUAUCUUGAUUUGUGGGCUAUACAUUUGGUUGAAGUGCUUUGAUUAUCCCAAAAGUCUCAACAGGAAUAAAGAGAUCGACUUAAAGGUGAAAUUUCAUAUGCAAGGAAUCUAUCUGGCCUCUGAGGGCUGGAGAUUUUACUGAAUAGACAAGAUUAUUGAACGAAAAAGUCGUGAAACUUAUACUUGAGAAAAUGGUGAACAAGAGCCUGGGGAAAGAUAAGGAUGAGAUCAUAUUGGACCAGAGGCCUGCCUUCUUCAAGAUUUUUAAUCAACUUGUAGAGAAUAGACUGAAAAUUCCUCCGCAAUUUGUAAGGGAUGUUCUAAUAGGGAUACCUAAAAGAAUAAUCCUCGAGACUUCAUAUGGAAGCUGUUGGUCUGUUAAAGUAGUCAAGACUGACGAUGGUGAUGUCUUUCUGGGAGAUGAUUGGCAGAAAUUUGUGGAAGAUAACUUGCUGCAGGAACAUGAUUUUCUCCUCUUCCAUUAUGACCAUGGAGAUAGGUGCUUCACUGUUCAAAUUUUUGAUAAAAGUGGAGUGGAGAGAACAAAUCAAGAAGUUGCAAACUCAGGUACCAAAAACUUGGAUCAGCACACUACCCAUGUUCAACCAAGAGAGAAGAGUCAGAGUAGAGAAGAAGGUGCUACAUUGCAGGAAUUCUGCUCUCAGCAUCCUUUUUUUGAGACAAACAUCAAACGUUACAACGUUAAUCCUCCUUUUUUAAUGAUCAUACCCAAGUCAUUUGCAGAGAAACACUUCCAAAAGGCCAAGACAAAAAUCACGCUGAAAAAUAUAGAAGGUAAAGAAUGGGAAGUGAAUUAUACAAUUAACGGCGGAAACUUUGUUUUUGUGGGAGGAUGGACCAGAUUUGUGCGCGAUAAUAAGCUGAAGAUUGGCAAUGUCUGCAUAUUUGAACUUAUUGGUGAAAAGGUGCUCCAGGUCCAUAUUUCUGAUGAUUAGAAACAAGCAACUUUGAAGUAUGGCUAGCUGGAAUAAGGAGUUGGUUUAGUGUUGUUGGAAGUAGCUGAAGUGGUGGAGUUGCACGUUCAAGCUACUGCAGAUCAGAGAACUUCAGUUGAUCAACCAUGCCCUCUCAGCUGAGCUCAUGUGCUAGUGGAUAUAUAGCAGCAAUUCAUUGGAAUAUUUGUAGCUUUCUUAUUAGUCUAGCUAGAAGGAAGUUAGAACAAUGUGCAGAGCCAAUGAGCUCAUUCUUUAGGCAUUUUGCUUGUAAUCAGAUUUGCUGAAAACAUGAUAUUAGCACUCUGAGCUUUCUUGUUUUACUUUCCCUCAAAGUUUUUAUUUACUCUGCCAAUACACCUGUUCUUCCAUCACAA